CUAACAAACUUCUCCCCUGACCUAGUAAAAUCUAACAGUAUAUUACGACGGAUUUGUUCUUAAAAACAGUCCCUAAUUAUUUGUAUAUAAGCCACUGUAUUACAGUUGGCAUGUUUGUGCUGGAGUCUAAGCGUGUCUUGCUCUGGCUCUGAUCAAUCUUUUCCAUGUAGACUUUGCGGAGAACGCCUACGAACAGUGAAAACGAAACCUAGGAAACCCGACCGAUGAUUACAGGAAAUCCACUUGGGAGAACAACGUUGCAAAGUACUGUAUAGGAGUAAAGUGUAUUAGUUCCUACAAUAAAAAUUGUCAUUAGAGUGAGCAGAACUGAGAAUCCUGAUCGCCAUGGUGGAUAACACAGAUCCCUUUUGGCCACAACCAGACUCAGAACUGGACAUUAUUACAGAGGAUGAAAUUACAACAGUAAGAAGAGAGGUUGAAGAAGCGCUGGAGAACGAGAGCUUGACCUCAGCAGCAGGCAAGAUCCAAGACUACUUGGAGGAUAUUCAAAAUGUGGAGCUGAACAUUGCCAUAACAGGGGAGUCAGGCUCAGGUAAAUCCACCUUUAUCAAUGCUUUCCGGGGUCUAGAUGAUGAAGCCAAAGAUUCUGCUGCAACUGGUGUGGUAGAAACCACUAUGGAGAUGAAGGAUUACCCCCACCCAAAGCACCCCAAUGUCAAGCUGUGGGAUCUCCCUGGUGUUGGUACCCCUAACUUCAAACCUGAAGAUUACCUACAGAAAGUUGAAUUUGAUCGAUAUGAUUUCUUCAUCAUAAUCUCAUCAGAGCGUUUCAGAGCCAAUGAUGUUCUGCUGGCCAAGGAAAUCCAGAAAAUUAAGAAGAAGUUCUACUUUGUGCGCUCCAAGAUAGAUGCAACUAUGGAUGCAGAGAAAAGAAGGAAGAAGAAUUUCAACCAGGAUGAGACUCUAGAAAGAAUCAGACAAAACUGCAUCAAAGGGCUUGAGGACCAGGAUCUAGGCUGUCCUAAGGUCUUCCUGAUUUCCAGUUUUGAGCUACAUCUCUACGAUUUCCCAGACCUGGAGGAAACAAUGGAGAAAGAGCUUCCUGCUCACAAGAGGCAAACAUUACUUAUGUCCAUCCCUAAUUUAACCCUGGAAAUCAACCAAAGGAAGAAAGAGGCUUUGCUUUCCCGUGUGUGGAGGUCUGCUCUAAAAUCUGGUCUUGCAGCCACUGUACCUAUUCCAGGGCUUUCCUUUGCUGCAGAUGUAAAGAUCUUGACAGACGAGAUCUAUAAGUAUUAUCAUGCUUUUGGUCUUGAUGAUGAGUCUUUGCAGAACCUUGCUGAGAGAAUGGAUGUGACGGAGAAGGAGCUGAAAUCCGUUAUCAAGUCUCCUCUGCUCAGCGAAGUAAAGCAUGACCUGAUUCUAAAGAUGUUGACGAAGGCUGCAGGGGGAGGGUUGAUGAUUGCAGAGUACUGGGCAAGUACCAUUCCUGUCAUUGGCUCCAUGGCGGCCGGGGCGUUGUCAUUCGGUACCACCCACUACAUGCUGAAGAGCUGUCUGAAUGAGCUGUCGGAAGAUGCAAAAAAUGUACUUAUGAAGCCUCUGAAGGCUGACAAUGAGUGAGAUUGUUAUAGAAUGUCAGAGAUUGUUUUUUUACUGCUUUAGUCACUGAAGGCCAGCAAUGUGUGAUUGUUUUUAUAUAUUCCUUUGCUUUGGGUAUGCAUGCAGUUAUUAGGAGCAACUCAGCAAGACUUUCGUUUAAAUUUUUUUGUGUAUUGUUGUCUCUGUAAUGAUAUUAUACAGUAUUCAGCAUGUACAUUUACACCACGAAGAAUUGAAGUAUAAUUGAUAAAUAGGAAAAAUAAAAUAAAGCUGCACACAUUAUACAUACAUUAUCAUUUUAAAUCAUAUGAACGUUUGUCAUGUUUUUUAGAUGUCAUCUCCUGAAUCUCUGAUGCGUUACCAUCAGGGUUGAGUAGGUUACUUUUUAAAUGUAAUACAUAACAGUUACAAGUUACCUGUCCACAUUUGUAAUCA